GCGGUGGUGAAAUCAAUGGAAGUAUAAUCACCUGGGCAUAACGUGACCUUCCCGAGAUCUCUUGAGGAGCUCUGGAUAGCAAUGACCGGACCCUGAGACCUACAUCUGACCAUCAUGGCUUCGUGGCUGGGAACCAUUUCGCCCUCUCCCGCCCGUGGUCCGCACCUUUCGAGGCUUGGAGACUUGCUCAACCUGCACGGAAUGACCGGGUUCUCUAGCAUCGUGAAAUCCUCAGCCCUUGGAUCGUUUAGCUUUUCGAAAGCCCUGGUACUGUAUCUCCGGAGAGAACCUGUACGGACUAGUCCAGUACAAACAACCACCACCACCGCAAUGCAGCUCAAGGACCUCCUUCCUGCUGGGUUACUCCUUAAUAACCUCUUCGAUAAAGCGGAGAAGGCUGAAGACCACACAGACGGCCGCAUCACUACACCCAACACCAAGCAGGUGGAACUCGGCGACGUCAUGUUCUUCCAUAAAGACGUGGGUGACCUCAAGCGUUUACUCGCCACUACCGGCUCAGAUUCAGUCUCAGUCAAGAAGCUCCCCAAGACCGAUAUUAUCAUCGUCAAGCGGACUACGAGUAGUGGCAACAGCGUCAAUGAUGCCGUUGACGCUGCGGCGAUACCUGUGCUGCCAACCUCACCUACCGCCACCGCCUCUACUUCAUCUGCCUCGCCAGCCGCUGUUUCUGACGCCUCUGACUUCUCAAAAGAGCUGAGAAUGCCGGUCGAAGUAGAGGCACCCAAGUCAUCUACAACAUCCUCCUCAGAUGACAUGGAGACGUUACCCGAUGAGGAAGAAGCCGUCAUGUCGGAUCUCAGCGAAAACGACGUCACUUGCGACUACGAUGUCGCCCCCGAAAUCCAGCCCACUCAGCUUUCGGCCAGGGACACCAAGUCAAAGACCCCUGGCGUAUUUCCCUGGAGGAACAGGCUCUGUCGCUGCGUCUCCAUCGGCGCUAUCUUUGGAAACAAGGACGACCGUAUGGCCAAAUCCGACGAGCCGCUGCCGCCGUACGAGGAGGGCGUUUCCAUCUUCAAUUGGGGUAACGGCGUCUGUAAAUGCGUUCCUAUGGACGAUGCCUUUGGCGACCAUACUAUGGCAGCGUUAGGUUUGGCUAUUGGAACUGUGGAGUAGAGGCUAUGGGCCGCGGGUUCCGAGAACCAGAGUGAUGGAGAUUGUUGGCUGAGAUUGAUACCCCAUUGGAAUUGACGGAAGGUGUGAGGAAUUAUCAGAGAUAAUAUGGAGUCGUGGGCAGCUUUUCAAGGUCGUCGACAUGGAGAAUAAAACCAACUUGGUUGUAAAGUUGUAAAGCCUCUGCUUCCCCUGCAUGGAGAGACAGAAUACAUAUAGAGUACCAUCCUCAGAGGUUAGCAAUCGAAGGCACUACAAAACGUUCAUUGUCUUCUUCAGCUGUUAUUGCAAAGUGGCAUGCCAACUCUGCGAGCACGAUCGAAAU